AUGGAAGCCGACGUGGAAUUCCGUCAAAACCUGAUUGAUACCAAGGGAAUUGAACUGAAGCACAAGGAACUUGAAUGCAAGGUUAUCAAUCCGAAGAACUAUCCAGUUAUCUGGCUCAAAGAUGAUUCACCCAUUGUCUUUGACGACCGCGUUCAGACAAAGGAAGUUGAAGGCACACUUCUCCUCAUUUUCAAAGAAUUGCAUAUGGAUGAUGCUGGCGUCUACACUUGUGUUAUAGGCAAACAUUCUACAAAAGGCACUCUUGAGGUGACAGAGUGUGAUAAACCACCAUCUGUUGAUCAGGCAAAGUUUGUCAACUUGGUCACUCUUAAGAAGGGUGCAUGCUUUGAAUCCGCUCUGCCGUUUAAAGGUAAGCAAAGUAAUCCGACGACAGCAGCUUCCUCUGAAGGAAGCCUAUACUUACUCGUAAAAAGCAUGGCCAGAAUGGAGUGGCCUAAAUCUAUGUCGAAGUUUUCUUUCGCUGUCUAUAACUGGUAUAGCCCUGUUUUGUAA